GGCUUCCAGCACAUUUCUCCCCAAUUGACUGCGAGGAAUGAGAAAGACGCAGCCACCUUGCUUCCUCAUUAUAUAAUCUCUCCAUUUUACCUGAGAUCCGAUUUCGCCAUUUUUCCCAUCCUCUGCGUUAGAUCCGCCGGAUCUCCCACCUCCGGAAAGACAACCAUAGUCGGCCGCCUAUUGUCAUCACCAUGGCUGCCGCCAACGCCCCGAUCACCAUGCGUGAGGCCCUGACGCUUCCUAGCCUUGGUAUCAAUCCGCAAUUCAUUACGUUCACACAUGUUACGAUGGAGUCGGAUAAGUAUAUUUGCGUCAGGGAGACCUCUCCGCAAAAUAGCGUGGUGAUUAUUGAUAUGAGCAUGCCGAAUCAACCACUGAGGAGGCCGAUUACUGCGGAUUCGGCUCUUAUGAAUCCUAACAGCAGGAUUCUUGCACUAAAAGCUCAAUUGCCUGGAACUACUCAGGACCACCUGCAAAUAUUUAAUAUUGAGAUGAAAGCUAAAAUGAAAUCACAUCAAAUGCCUGAGCAGAUUGUCUUUUGGAAGUGGAUAACACCAAAGCUGUUGGGGUUGGUUACACAAACAUCUGUUUUUCAUUGGUCAAUAGAAGGUGAUUCUGAGCCAGUGAAGAUGUUUGAAAGAACAGCUAAUUUAACAAACAAUCAGAUUAUCAAUUACCGGUGCGACCCAUCAGAAAAAUGGCUAGUUCUCAUUGGCAUUGCACCUGGCUCUCCAGAGAGACCACAACUAGUUAAAGGAAACAUGCAGCUAUUUUCUAUGGAUCAGCAACGAAGUCAAGCACUGGAAGCACAUGCUGCAUCGUUUGCAUCGCUCAAAGUUGCUGGAAAUGAGAAUGCAUCAAUUCUUAUCUGUUUUGCUUCAAAAUCCCAUAAUGCUGGGCAAAUAACUUCCAAGUUACAUGUGAUUGAGCUUGGAGCCCAGCCAGGCAAGCCAGGCUUUACAAAGAAACAAGCUGAUCUAUUUUUCCCACCUGACUUUGCUGAUGACUUCCCUGUGGCCAUGCAGGUUUCACAUAAGUAUAAUUUGAUAUAUGUGAUCACAAAGCUUGGUCUUCUAUUUGUAUAUGAUUUGGAGACGGCUGCUGCAGUUUAUCGAAAUCGAAUAAGUCCAGAUCCAAUAUUUCUGACUUCAGAAGCUUCUUCAGUUGGUGGAUUUUAUGCUGUUAAUAGAAGAGGGCAGGUUCUUCUUGCUACAGUGAAUGAGGCAACUAUAGUACCUUUUGUCAGUGGCCAGUUAAACAAUCUUGAGCUUGCUGUUAAUCUUGCAAAACGAGGAAACCUUCCUGGGGCAGAGAAUUUGGUUGUACAAAGGUUUCAGGAAUUGUUCUCUCAAACGAAGUACAAGGAAGCUGCUGAACUUGCAGCGGAGUCACCCCAAGGACUUCUCAGAACUCCUGAGACUGUAGCAAAAUUUCAGAGUGUGCCUGUUCAAGCUGGGCAAACACCACCCUUAUUGCAGUAUUUUGGAACAUUAUUAACCAGGGGGAAGCUCAAUGCUUUUGAGUCUUUAGAGUUGUCGAGGCUUGUUGUAAAUCAAAACAAGAAGAAUCUUUUGGAGAACUGGUUGGCCGAGGAUAAACUCGAGUGCAGUGAAGAACUUGGGGAUCUUGUGAAGACUGUGGACAAUGAUCUUGCACUUAAAAUUUACAUAAAAGCAAGGGCUACUCCUAAGGUUGUUGCUGCUUUUGCCGAGAGAAGGGAAUUUGAUAAAAUUCUUAUUUACUCCAAACAGGUUGGCUACACACCAGACUAUCUUUUCCUUUUGCAGACAAUUCUACGGUCAGAUCCGCAGGGAGCAGUAAAUUUUGCCCUCAUGAUGUCUCAAAUGGAGGGUGGUAGUCCUGUUGAUUAUAAUACAAUUACAGAUCUCUUUCUUCAGAGAAACAUGAUCAGGGAGGCAACAGCCUUUUUGUUGGAUGUGUUAAAGCCAAAUCUGCCUGAACAUGCGUUUCUUCAAACUAAGGUAUUGGAGAUUAAUUUGGUUACAUAUCCAAAUGUUGCAGAUGCCAUAUUAGCCAAUGGAAUGUUUAGCCACUAUGAUCGCCCUCGCAUCGCUCAGUUGUGUGAAAAGGCUGGCCUGUAUGUGCGAGCUCUCCAGCACUAUUCUGAGUUGCCAGAUAUCAAACGUGUCAUUGUGAAUACACAUGCCAUUGAACCACAGGCCCUUGUGGAGUUCUUUGGAACACUAUCUAGAGAGUGGGCAUUGGAAUGCAUGAAAGACCUUUUGUUGGCUAAUUUGAGAGGUAACCUUCAGAUAAUAGUUCAGGUGGCAAAAGAAUAUUGUGAGCAGUUAGGUUUGGAUGCAUGCAUGAAGCUUUUUGAGCAGUUUAGGUCCUAUGAAGGUCUUUACUUCUUCUUGGGGUCGUAUUUGAGUUCCAGUGAAGAUCCGGAGAUACAUUUCAAGUAUAUCGAGGCUGCAGCCAAAACUGGACAGAUUAGAGAAGUUGAGCGUGUUACUAGAGAAUCUAACUUCUAUGAUCCUGAAAAAACCAAAAACUUCCUAAUGGAGGCUAAGCUUCCAGAUGCAAGGCCUCUAAUCAAUGUCUGUGAUCGCCAUGGAUUUGUUCCUGAUUUGACUCAUUAUCUCUACACCAACAACAUGCUUCGAUAUAUCGAAGGAUAUGUUCAGAAGGUGAACCCAGCGAAUGCACCAAUGGUUGUUGGGCAACUUCUAGAUGAUGAAUGCCCAGAAGAUUUUAUUAAAGGUCUUAUUCUUUCUGUUCGGUCCCUCCUUCCAGUGGAGCCUCUUGUAGAGCAAUGUGAAAAAAGGAAUCGUCUUCGGCUGCUUACACAGUUCUUGGAACAUCUUGUGAGUGAGGGAAGUCAAGAUGUGCAUGUGCAUAAUGCUCUAGGAAAAAUCAUCAUAGACAGUAACAACAAUCCAGAGCAUUUUCUCACUACUAAUCCGUAUUAUGAUUCCCGUGUUGUUGGUAAAUAUUGUGAGAAACGGGAUCCUACUUUAGCAGUCGUUGCCUACAGGCGUGGACAAUGUGAUGACGAACUUAUUGAUGUCACAAACAAAAAUUCCCUGUUCAAGUUACAGGCCAGAUAUGUUGUAGAAAGAAUGGAUGCUGAUUUAUGGGCAAAGGUUCUUGAACCUGAGAAUGAGUAUAGAAGGCAGUUUAUUGAUCAAGUUGUAUCUACGGCAUUGCCUGAGAGCAAAAGUCCUGAGCAGGUAUCUGCAGCCGUUAAAGCUUUUAUGACCGCUGAUCUUCCACAUGAACUAAUUGAACUACUUGAAAAGAUCGUGCUCCAAAAUUCUGCCUUCAGUGGAAAUUUCAAUUUGCAAAACCUGCUUAUUUUGACAGCAAUUAAAGCUGAUCCAUCAAGGGUCAUGGAUUAUAUUAAUCGGUUGGACAACUUUGAUGGGCCUGCAGUUGGAGAAGUGGCUGUUGAAGCACAAUUAUAUGAGGAAGCCUUUGCUAUCUUCAAGAAGUUCAACUUGAAUGUGCAGGCAGUGAAUGUCCUGUUGGACAACAUCCGAAGCAUAGAUAGAGCGGUCGAAUUCGCUUUCCGGGUGGAAGAAGAUGCUGUUUGGAGCCAAGUUGCAAAGGCUCAGUUAAGGGAAGGACUCGUUAGUGAUGCAAUUGAGUCAUUUAUUCGCGCAGAUGAUGUAACACAAUUUUUGGAUGUAAUUCGUGCUGCGGAAGAAGCCAAUGUGUAUCAUGACUUGGUAAGGUACCUUUUGAUGGUGAGGCAAAAGGUGAAGGAACCUAAGGUGGACAGUGAAUUAAUAUAUGCCUAUGCCAAGAUUGAUCGGCUAGGCGAUAUUGAAGAAUUCAUUCUAAUGCCAAAUGUUGCUAAUCUUCAAAAUGUUGGUGAUCGCUUAUAUGAUGCCGAAUUGUAUGAGGCUGCUAAAAUUAUAUUUGCAUUUAUUUCAAACUGGGCCAAACUAGCCAGCACUCUUGUCAAACUGAAGCAAUUUCAAGGUGCAGUUGAUGCUGCUCGUAAAGCAAACAGCUCAAAGACAUGGAAGGAGGUUUGCUUUGCUUGUGUUGAUGCUGAGGAGUUCCGGUUGGCUCAAAUUUGUGGGCUUAAUAUUAUUAUCCAGGUUGAUGACUUGGAAGAAGUCAGUGAUUACUACCAGAACAGGGGAUGCUUCAAUGAGCUAAUCUCUCUAAUGGAGAGUGGGCUUGGUUUGGAACGUGCACACAUGGGCAUUUUUACAGAGCUGGGAGUUCUAUAUGCUAGAUAUAGGCCAGAGAAACUUAUGGAGCACAUAAAACUUUUCUCUACGCGCCUCAACAUCCCGAAGCUUAUUCGAGCUUGUGAUGAGCAACAGCACUGGAAGGAGCUCACUUAUCUGUAUAUUCAGUAUGAUGAAUUUGACAAUGCUGCCACCACAAUUAUGAAUCAUUCGCCAGAUGCAUGGGAUCAUAUGCAGUUCAAAGAUGUCUGUGUAAAAGUUGCUAAUGUCGAGCUUUAUUACAAAGCCGUGCAUUUCUACUUGCAAGAACAUCCUGAUCUUAUCAAUGAUCUUCUCAAUGUGCUUGCCUUGCGUGUGGACCACACACGUGUGGUUGAUAUUUUGAGGAAGGCUGGUCAUUUGCAUCUUAUUAAGCCGUACAUGGUUGCUGUGCAAAGUAACAAUGUAUCUGCGGUGAAUGAAGCACUGAAUGAGAUAUAUGUAGAGGAUGAGGACUACGAACGACUGCGAGAAUCAGUUGAUAUGCAUGAUAACUUUGAUCAGAUUGGACUUGCACAGAAGCUUGAGAAACAUGAACUUCUUGAAAUGAGGCGAAUUGCUGCCUACAUUUACAAGAAAGCUGGAAGGUGGAAACAGUCCAUUGCUCUGUCUAAGAAGGACAACCUUUACAAGGAUGCCAUGGAAACUUGUUCACAAUCUGGAGACCGUGAGCUUUCCGAGGAAUUACUUGUUUAUUUCAUUGAGAAGGGUAAGAAGGAGUGUUUCGCUUCAUGCCUCUUCGUCUGUUACGAACUGAUCCGGCCUGAUGUUGCCCUCGAGCUUGCCUGGAUGAACAACAUGAUCGACUUUGCCUUCCCAUAUCUCCUUCAAUUUAUCCGGGAGUACACGGGGAAGGUGGAUGAACUCAUAAAGGAUAAGAUUGAGGCACAAAACGAAGUAAAAACCAAAGAACAUGAAGAGAAAGAAAUGGUAGCUCAACAGAAUAUGUAUGCCCAGCUUCUUCCUCUAGCUUUGCCUGCUCCUCCAAUGCCUGGCAUGGGGGGAGUUGGCGGAGGCUUUGCACCUCCUCCGCCACCCCUCUCAAUGGGCGGAAUCGGCAUGCCUCCGAUGCCACCAUUUGGCAUGCCGCAGAUGGGAAGCUACUGAUCGCAUUGUGGUACUAUCCCAAUCAUAUUCUUAGAAUUUCAACAAUGGUGCAGAAGCCAACCAACUUUUCAGGUAAUUUUUAGUCUUCCAUCGAUGAUCUUCUUGGUUUGCAGGGUAAAUUUUGUCAUUUUUGAGUCUGAGUUUUAGUUUUCCUGAGUUGUUUUCCUUCUGAUGAGGAAGAAUAUUCUGCUAAUACGCCAUUUGUAUAGGAUACGUCUUCCUUCUGCUCAUUAGACCAGUUUUGCAUUUCUCGAUAUGAUCCCAUUGUAACAAGCUUCUGCACCGUUGUUGGAUGCAUUGCUUUGCAUUGCUGCAAGGGUUUUUCUUGUUGAUUUAUCGUGUGAUGUUCAUUUGAGUAGUGCUGAACUACAUUGUAUUAUUCAAUAUAUUAUUUCUGCAGUGGUGUCUAUAAUUUUUUU